AUGCUGUCCGGCAUGCAGAACCCCCGGCAAGCUGCCGCGCAGCUGCUCAACUUUGCUCUCAUUCUCUCCACGGCGUUCAUGAUGUGGAAAGGCCUUUCGGUAAUCGCCGACUCGCCGUCCCCGAUUGUCGUCGUCCUGUCAGGGUCCAUGGAGCCGGCUUUCCAGCGAGGAGACCUCCUGGCGCUCUGGAACAGGAAUCUGUUUAGGGAAACAGACGUGGGCGAGAUUGUUGUCUACAAUGUGGAGGGCAAGGACAUCCCGAUCGUCCAUAGGAUCGUCCGCAAGUUUGGCACAGGGCCGCACGCGAAGAUCCUCACGAAAGGCGACAACAACCCGUCAGACGAUACGAGCUUGUACGCACACGGACAGGACUUUCUGGAGAGGAAGGCCAUCAUUGGCAGCGUCGUUGGCUUUGUGCCGUUCGUGGGCUAUGUUACUAUCAUGCUCAGCGAGCACCCUUGGCUGAAGACGGUCAUGUUGGGUCUGAUGGGCUUGAUGGUGGUCUUGCAGCGGGAGUAG